CAGGUUUUGUCCAGUUAUCAGUCACCAUGGUUGCCCUGUCGCUGAAGAUCUGUGUACGGCAGUGCAAUGUUAUUAAGACCAUGCAGUUUGAGCCGUCCACGGCGGUCUAUGAUGCCUGCCGGAUCAUCCGGGAGAGGGUUCCAGAGGCUCAGUCAGGCCAAGCAUUUGACUUUGGCCUCUUCUUAUCUGAUGAAGAUCCGAGGAAAGGAAUCUGGCUGGAGGCUGGCAGGACCCUGGAUUAUUACAUGCUGAGGAAUGGGGAUAUGUUAGAGUAUAAAAAGAAACAGCGGCCGCAGAAGAUUCGAAUGUUGGAUGGAGCGGCAAAAAUGAUUAUGGUGGAUGAUUCCAAGACUGUAGGAGAACUUCUGGUGACCAUUUGUAGCAGAAUAGGAAUUACUAACUAUGAGGAAUACUCUCUUAUCCGGGAGACUGUGGAAGAGAAGAAAGAAGAGCCCACUGGAACCCUGAAAAAAGACAGGACUCUGCUCCGAGAUGAGAAGAAAAUGGAGAAACUGAAAGCUAAGCUUCACACAGAGGAUGAGUUGAAUUGGCUCGACCACAGCCGCACUUUUCGAGAGCAGGGAGUUGAUGAAAAUGAAACCUUACUACUUCGCAGAAAGUUCUUCUAUUCAGAUCAGAAUGUGGACUCCAGGGAUCCUGUACAGCUCAACUUGCUCUAUGUGCAGGCUCGUGAUGACAUCUUGAAUGGUUCUCACCCUGUAUCAUUUGAUAAGGCCUGCGAGUUUGGAGGGAUACAAACACAGAUUCAGUUUGGACCUCAUGUGGAAGUCAAACAUAAAGCUGGAUUCUUGGACUUGAAGGAGUUUCUUCCUAAGGAAUAUAUCAAGCAGAGAGGCGCAGAGAAAAAGUUAUUCCAGGAACAUAAAAACUGUGGAGAAAUGACAGAAAUUGAAGCGAAGGUGAAGUAUGUGAAGCUGGCUCGGUCCCUACGCACGUAUGGAGUUUCGUUCUUUUUAGUUAAGGAAAAGAUGAAGGGGAAAAACAAGCUUGUGCCUCGUUUGCUCGGGAUCACUAAGGAUUCUGUGAUGAGGGUCGACGAAAAAACGAAGGAAGUUGUUCAGGAAUGGCCACUGACAACAGUAAAGCGUUGGGCUGCUUCUCCAAAAAGUUUCACUCUGGAUUUUGGAGAGUAUCAAGAGAGUUAUUAUUCUGUACAAACUACUGAGGGGGAGCAGAUUUCUCAGCUAAUCGCUGGAUACAUAGAUAUCAUCCUCAAGAAGAAACAAAGUAAAGACCGCUUUGGAUUAGAGGGGGAUGAAGAAUCAACAAUGUUAGAAGAAUCAAUUUCCCCAAAGAAAUCUACUAUUCUUCAGCAGCAGCAGGUCACCCGGCCUGGUAAGCCUGAACAUGGCACAGUCGCUCUGCCUGCAAUUAUACGGUCAGGGUCAAGUGGACCAGAGACUUUUAACAUUGGCACCAUGCCAUCAGCUCAGCAACAACUUACCACAGGCCAGAUGCACAGAGGUCACAUGCCUCCACUAACGUCAGCCCAGCAAGCUCUGAUGGGGACCAUUAACACCAGCAUGCAUGCAGUUCAACAGGCACACGAUGAUCUGAGCCAAGUGGACAAUCUGCCACCUCUAGGACAUGACAUGGCGUCCAGAGUUUGGAUUCAAAACAAAGUAGAUGAGUCGAAGCAUGAGAUCCACUCCCAAGUGGAUGCCAUCACUGCAGGAACCGCAUCAGUGGUCAACCUGACUGCAGGGGAUCCGUCAGAGACUGACUACACGGCUGUGGGAUGUGCAAUUACCACUAUUUCUUCCAAUUUGACGGAGAUGUCCAAGGGUGUAAAACUAUUGGCUGCCCUGAUGGAGGACGAGGUUGGAAGUGGGGAGAAAUUACUGGGAGCAGCCAGGACACUGGCAGGAGCAGUCUCCGAUCUGCUUACAGCAGUACAACCAUCUUCAGGAGAGCCCCGGCAGACUGUUCUCACAGCGGCAGGCAGCAUCGGGCAGGCAAGUGGAGACCUUCUCCGACAGAUUGGAGAGAGUGAAGCAGAUGAGCGGUUCCAGGAUGUGCUAAUGAGUUUGGCAAAAGCUGUAGCCAAUGCAGCUGCCAUGUUGGUCCUGAAGGCCAAGAAUGUGGCACAAGUAACUGAAGACACGGUCCUGCAGAACAGAGUGAUUGCUGCUGCUACUCAGUGUGCGCUUUCUACCUCCCAGCUAGUGGCAUGUGCCAAGGUGGUAAGUCCUACUAUUAGUUCACCAGUAUGUCAAGAACAACUAAUUGAAGCUGGGAAGCUGGUGGAUCGCUCUGUGGAGAACUGUGUGCGAUCCUGCCAAUCAGCCACAGAGGACCUAGAUUUAUUGAAGCAAGUCAGCGCAGCUGCCAGUGUGGUCAGUCAAGCCCUUAAUGACCUCUUGCAACAUGUCCGCCAGUUUGCAAGCCGUGGGGAACCCAUUGGCCGCUACGACCAGGCAACAGAUACUAUCAUGUCCGUCACAGAGAGCAUAUUCAGCUCCAUGGGUGAUGCAGGAGAAAUGGUGCGGCAAGCACGAGUGUUAGCUCAAGCAACGUCGGAUCUUGUCAAUGCUAUGAGGUCUGAUGCAGAGGCCGAGCUGGACAUGGACAACUCCAAGAAGUUGUUGGCUGCUGCCAAGCUUCUAGCUGAUUCUACUGCACGUAUGGUGGAGGCUGCAAAGGGAGCUGCCGCCAACCCUGAAAAUGAAGAUCAGCAACAGCGGCUUAGGGAAGCGGCAGAGGGUCUGAGGGUGGCUACCAAUGCAGCGGCCCAGAACGCCAUCAAGAAGAAGAUUGUUAACAGGCUUGAGGCUGCCGCAAAACAGGCCGCUGCAGCUGCUACCCAGACUAUUGCAGCUUCACAGAACGCCUCGGUCUCAAACAAGAACAUGGCAGCUCAUCAGCAGCUGGUCCAGAGCUGCAAGGCUGUGGCCGACCAUAUUCCCCAGCUGGUACAAGGUGUAAGAGGCAGUCAAGCUCAGGCCGAGGAUCUGAGUGCCCAACUGGCUCUCAUUGUUUCCAGCCAGAACUUUCUGCAGCCUGGAAGUAGGAUGGUUGCUUCUGCCAAAGCUGCUGUACCCACUGUGACAGAUCAAGCAGCUGCCAUGCAGCUAGGUCAAUGCGCCAAGAACCUCGCUACCAGUUUGGCUGAACUACGUACAGCUACGCAGAAGGCUCAUGAAGCUUGUGGCCCUAUGGAAAUUGAUUCUGCCCUGAAUUCUGUCCAGACGCUUAAGAAUGAAUUGCAGGAUGCAAAGAUGGCGGCUACGGAUGGGCAACUGAAACCCCUUCCAGGGGAGACGUUGGAGAAGUGUGCCCAGGACCUUGGCAGCACAUCUAAGACGGUGGGCUCCUCCAUGGCUCAGCUGCUGACCUGUGCGGCUCAGGGGAAUGAACAUUACAACGGUGUUGCUGCAAGGGAAACUGCACAGGCCCUGAAAACCUUGGCACAGGCAGCACGAGGGGUCGCAGCUUCAACGAAAGAUCCACAGGCUGCAAAUGACAUGUUGGAUUCUGCCCGAGAUGUGAUGGAUGGGUCAGCCAAGCUCAUCCAGGAAGCGAAACAAGCCUUAGUGGCUCCUGGGGAUGCUGAGGUCCAGCAGAGGUUGGCUCAGGUGGCUAAAGCAGUCUCUCAUUCACUGAAUAACUGUGUGAAUUGCCUUCCGGGGCAGAAGGAUGUAGACAUGGCUCUUAAGAGCAUUGGCGAGUCCAGCAAAAAGCUGCUUGUGGAUUCGCUUCCUCCAAGCACAAAGUCCUUCCAAGAGGCACAGAGUGAAUUAAACCAGGCAGCAGAGGAUCUGAACCAGUCAGCCGGAGAGGUGGUCCAUGCUUCCCGGGGGCAAAGUGGAGUAUUGGCAGUUGCUUCUGGUAAAUUUAGCGAAGAUUUUGACGAGUUCCUCGAUGCCGGAAUUGAAAUGGCUGGACAGACGCAGAAUAAAGACGACCAGAUACAAGUUAUAGGAUACCUCAAAACCAUAUCAACCUCGAGCAAACUGCUUCUUGCAGCAAAGGCUCGUUCUGUAGAUUCGGGGGCGCCAAGUGCCAAAAAUCGUCCUGCGGCUGCGUGCAAGCGUCAUCUUACUGAAUCUGCUUUGUGUGUUUCCAGUGGGCCGUGCAGAGAGCAUAAACCACUGAGUACUAUAUGCACCCUGCAAGCCCCUGGGCAGAAAGAAUGUGACAAUGCUCUUCGUGAGCUGGAGACUGUGAAAGGAAUGCUUGAAAAUCCCAAUGAGCCUGUCACUGACCUGUCUUAUUUUGACUGCAUUGAAAGCGUCAUGGAAAAUUCAAAGAUCCUUGGGGAAUCCAUGGCCGGAAUCUCUCAGAAUGCAAAAACUGGAGACUUGCCUGUGUUUGGUGAUUGUGUGGGUGUAGCCUCGAAGGCUCUGUGCGGUCUCACGAAGCUGCUGCACAGGCAGCCCUACAUAGUGGGCAUUUCAGAUCCCAAUAGCCAGGCAGGACAGCAAGGGCUUGUUGACCCAAUUCAGUUUGCUAGAGCUAAUCAAGCUAUCCAAAUGGCAUGCCAGAAUCUAGUGGAUCCAGCCAGUAGCCCAUCCCAGGUUCUAUCAGCUGCCACCAUAGUUGCCAAACACACUUCAGCCUUGUGCAAUGCCUGCCGCAUUGCAUCCUCCAAAACAGCCAAUCCUGUGGCUAAGAGGCACUUUGUCCAGUCAGCCAAAGAGGUGGCGAACAGUACUGCCAACCUAGUGAAAACAAUCAAGACUCUGGAUGGAGACUUUUCAGAUGACAAUCGUGAGAAAUGCAGCAAAGCCACAGCACCCCUCAUAUCAGCCGUGGAGAACCUGACUGCAUUUGCCUCCAAUCCAGAAUUUGCCAGUAUUCCAGCCCAGAUCAGCUCAGAGGGCGCUCGGGCACAGGAGCCGAUAUUGGUGUCUGCGGUCACCAUGCUAGAGAGUUCAUCUUCACUUAUCAAGACAGCCCGCUCUCUAGCAAUCAACCCGAAAGAUCCGCCCACAUGGUCUAAUCUUGCCGGUCACUCCAGAAUAGUCUCAGACUCUAUUAAAAGUUUGAUUACAUCUAUCAGGGACAAAGCUCCAGGACAGAGAGAGUGUGACCAGUCCAUUGACGGCAUCAACAGAUGUAUUCGAGACAUCGAGCAAGCAUCCCUCGCCAGUGUCAGCCAAAACCUAGCCAUGCGGGAUGACAUCUCACUAGAGGCUCUUCAGGAACAGUUAACUUCUGUGGUACAAGAGAUAGGUCACCUGAUAGAUCCUAUAACCACAGCCGCCCGGGGGGAAGCGGCCCAGCUUGGUCAUAAGGUCAUCCAACUUGCUCGAUAUUUUGAGCCCCUGAUUCAAGCUGCUGUUGGUCUGGUUUCCAAAAUCUUGGACCAUCAGCAACAGAUGACAGUGCUGGAUCAAACCAAGACCCUUGCUGAGUCUGCUCUGCAGAUGCUGUAUGCAGCCAAGGAGGGUGGUGGAAACCCUAAGGCGUCCCACACACAUGAUGCCAUUGCAGAGGCUGCUCAGCUGAUGAAGGAGGCUGUAGAUGACCUUAUGAUUACCCUGAAUGAGGCUGCCAGUGAAGUUGGUAUGGUGGGCGGCAUGGUGGACUCCAUAGCAGAUGCCAUGAGCAAGCUUGAUGAGGGGACUCCACCAGAACCAACAGGGACUUUUGUGGAUUACCAGACCACAGGUGUUAAAUACUCCAAGGCUAUCGCUGUAACUGCCCAAGAGAUGAUGACUAAGUCUGUAACAAAUCCAGAGGAGCUUGGUGGCUUGGCGUCCCAGGUGACCAGUGACUAUGGAAAUUUAGCUGUCCAGGGUCGAAUGGCUGCUGUCACAGCAGAACCUAAAGAGGUUGGGUUUCAGAUCAAGACAAGAAUUCAGGACUUAGGACAUGGCUGUAUAUUUUUGGUGCAGAAAGCUGGAGCCCUGCAAAUCUGCCCAUCUGAUAGUUACACGAAGAGGGAACUCAUUGAGUGUGCCCGGGCAGUGACAGAAAAGGUAUCUCUGGUACUCUCAGCUUUGCAGGCAGGUAACAAGGGCACACAAGCCUGCAUUACAGCGGGCACUGCUGUAUCUGGAAUUAUUGCUGAUCUGGAUACUACCAUCAUGUUUGCCACAGCUGGCACAUUAAACGCUGAGAACAAGGAAUCGUUUGCUGACCACAGGGAGAACAUCCUGAAGACUGCCAAGGCUCUUGUAGAGGAUACGAAGCUACUGGUGUCUGGUGCAGCUUCUAGUCAGGAUAAGUUGGCACAGGCAGCUCAGUCAUCCGCCAACACGAUUACACAGCUGGCAGAGGUGGUGAAAUUGGGUGCAGCAAGCAUAGGGUCUGAUGACCCGGAAACUCAGGUGGUGCUAAUCAACGCCAUCAAGGAUGUUGCAAAGGCUCUAGGGGAUCUAAUCGGAGCCACAAAAGGUGCAGCUGGUAAAGCAGCCGAUGAUCCAUCCAUGUAUCAGUUAAAGAGUGCAGCCAAGGUCAUGGUGACUAAUGUCACUUCCCUGCUGAAGACUGUGAAAGCUGUGGAAGAUGAAGCCACACGUGGUACAAGGGCUUUGGAAGCCACAAUUGAGCAUAUCAAGCAAGAGCUAACUGUGUUCCAGUCAAAAGAUGUACCUGAAAAAACCACAACACCGGAAGAAUCGAUCCGCAUGACCAAAGGAAUUACUGCGGCAACAGCCAAAGCAGUAGCGGCUGGAAAUUCUUGCAGACAGGAAGAUGUCAUUGCUACUGCUAACUUAAGCCGUAAAGCGGUCUCUGAAAUGCUGAAUUCCUGCAAGCAAGCCGUUUAUCAUCCAGACAUAAGUGAAGAAACAAGGGAGCGAGCACUGAGGUAUGGCACGGAAUGUACACUAGGAUACCUGGAGAUGCUGGAACAUGUCCUAUCUAUUCUGCAGAAACCUAUUCCAGAAGGGAAGCAUCAGCUGUCAGCCUUCUCAAAACGUAUAGCGUCAGCUGUGACUGAACUAAUCCAAACGACGGAAACUAUGAAAGGUACAGAAUGGGUUGAUCCUGAAGAUCCUACAGUGAUUGCUGAGAGCGAGCUCCUCGGGGCUGCAGCUUCUAUUGAGGCAGCAGCUAAAAAACUGGAACAGCUCAAACCACGAGCCAAGCCAAAGCAGGCAGAUGAGACCCUCGACUUUGAGGAGCAGAUCCUAGAAGCGGCAAAGUCCAUAGCAGCCGCCACAAGUGCACUGGUGAAGUCGGCCUCAGCAGCACAGAGGGAGUUGGUGGCACAAGGCAAGGUUGGCGCAAUUGCUGCUAAUGCAGCAGAUGAUGGUCAGUGGUCUCAGGGAUUAAUUUCUGCUGCCAGGAUGGUGGCCGCGGCAACGAGCAGCUUGUGUGAAUCGGCUAACGCCUCAGUACAGGGCCACGCCAGUGAGGAGAAACUCAUCUCCUCUGCCAAGCAAGUAGCAGCAUCCACUGCCCAACUUCUGGUCGCCUGCAAGGUGAAAGCUGACCAAGACUCGGAAGCCAUGAGAAGACUCCAGGCUGCCGGCAAUGCUGUGAAGCGGGCAUCUGAUAACCUGGUCAGAGCAGCCCAGAAAGCUGCCUUCAGCAAAGCAGAGGAGGAUGAUGUCGUCGUGAAGACAAAGUUUGUAGGUGGAAUUGCACAGAUCAUUGCAGCUCAAGAGGAAAUGCUAAAAAAGGAGAGGGAGCUGGAAGAAGCACGUAAGAAGCUGGCCCAAAUCCGUCAACAACAGUAUAAGUUUCUACCGUCCGCCCUGAGAGAGGAAGACAGCUAGUGAUUCCUCCUGGAUUCAAACAUGGAAUCAGUCAGUCCUGCAGGAGAAAGGGACACACCUUUACUGGAGCUGGAAGCCUCCCUCCUUGUCUCCCACUGGAUUCUAAAACCACUAGAACAUGGAGGGGUCGUGUGGAUUUUCACUCUGAAGACAAACAGUAUUACUUCCCAAGGUGGACAUACCCAGUUAUAUAAAUAAAGUAUAUAUAAAAGAUAUACACAGCGGCGGGGGCCUAAGAGACUGUGACACCGGGCACAGCCCCUCCGGCAAUACUACGUGUGCUUUUAAAGAUUGUGCCCCUUUUCAUGUAACCACUCAUUUGCAGGUGCCUGCAAUGCAGAGCAAAGCAUAAAAGGGGUAAAAUUACUUUUUUUUUUUUUCUAGUAUGUUUUACAAUUUGAUUUGGUCACUGGAUCAGCUAUGUACCCUGAAAUAAUGUACACAAAGCCUGUUGGGAAUUAAAGGCACUUGUAAUUAAGCAGCGAUGUUUGCAGUAAUGUGUUUAUUAUAGCAGAACAAUAAGGAGGUUGUCCAAGAUAAUAAAGAAAAAAGGGAUCAAAGGCUGGAAAUAAACUAAUGUAACAAUAGAUCCUCCACUCGCCAGUUCAGUUCCCCACUGCGCCAACGCCACUG